CAAUUAAGGUAAUCAUUUAGUCAACAAUUAAUUUGAUUGGAUUGAAAAGAAAUCUGGAUUAACCUGGUUAAUUAGGAUUCGAUAAGUUAAUUACAAUUUUUGAAAGAAGCGCAUAGUUGUUACUAUGGAGAUUGUCAUCUGUCAUUGAAAAGGAAAACAAAAAAUUCUAACUGAUUGUUUUUUUUCCUUUCUUAAUUUCAACUGAAUGUUUCUCUUUUGCCGUUUUGUUAAUUUAAUUUGAUUGUGAUUCUAAAUUUUGAUGGAAAAUGUUGAUAAUCUUAUGUACUUUUAUAUGGAUAAAUUAACUAACCUGUUAAGUAUUGAAGGUGUUGGAAGUGAGGUUUUAAUCACUGGAUUUAUUGCCACAUUAACCUUAAGUUUAUUAUUCUAUUUGAUUAAUCGUCAAAUAAGGACAAAUGGAUUUCAAUUUAUUCAUCCAUCUAAUCAAGAGGCUGUUGAUAGUGCAAGGCACCAAUUAAAUAUACUCUAUUCUAAUAGAUUACUUUCCAGUCGUAUUUCCAAUGGGACAAAUCAAUCAAAUGGUAACAAUUCCAAUGGCGAGCAACCAAAUGAUACCGAUAAUGGUGAUGGAAAUAAUCAGAGGACCGAUGAAAAUAAUUUAGGAGAUAAUUUUGUUAAUCUUAAUCAUUAUGGUGUUGAUUCUGCCUGCCCCGUGUGCCUAAAUGAUCCAGUUCAUCCGGUUGAAACAAAUUGUGGUCAUUUGUUUUGUGGUAAAUGUUUAAUUGUCUAUUGGAGACAUGGUAGUUGGUUAGGUCCAGUUCUUUGUCCAGUUUGUCGUCAACAAGUUUCACUUAUCCUUCAAUGUUUCAGGAUAGAAAAUGAUAUUUCAACUGAGGAAUCAAAUGAGAUACAAAAUUUACUUCGAGAGGUCCACGAAUAUAACAGAAGAUUCUCUGGUGCACCAAGACCAUGGAUCGAUUAUGUCUAUGAUUUACCGACUCUUCUUCGCCACAGUCUAUCUGAGUUCUUUACAGUCGGUGGUUUAAUGUGGAUGUUUCGAAUACGAAUAUUCUUAUGUUUCAUUGGAGCUGUUAUGUACUUAAUAAGUCCACUUGAUAUUCUACCGGAAGCAGUUUUCGGGUUAUUCGGUCUACUAGACGAUGUGUUCGUAGUUUUACUCUUUGCGAUCUAUGUGACGAUCAUUUACCGUCGAUUUUUGGCUAAUCGAUGGGAAAACUCUAAUCUUUUAUAACCAUUAAGCUAUUUAAGUGAAAGAAAAACAAAAUUGAAACGAGAUUUGAUCUGGUGUUUAUAUAAAACGAAUCAAUUCCAAACUUAACUGUUUUUGAUUAACAUUUAAACUAAAAAAAAUACUUUUCAAAUAUAAUCGAUUUUGAUUAAAUUUCCAAAUCCAUUAUUAUCCAACAUUCGACAAAUUGAUUGGUUAUUGUCCAAAGGUAAGAAGUUGGAAU